AUGGGUGGCCUAUCAGAUAGAGCAACCAUUAGCCUUGGCCUUGUUUUCCAAAUAUCAACAAUUUCUUUUGUACUUUGGAAAAUAUGCUUGGCACAAGAUGUUCCUGCCAAUUUUGUGUUUGGGGAUUCUCUGGUUGAUGUGGGAAACAACAACUACAUUGUGUCACUCUCCAAGGCCAACUAUGUCCCUAAUGGAAUUGAUUUCGGAAAGCCAACGGGACGAUACACAAAUGGGAGAACAAUUGUUGACAUUAUAGGCAAGUUCUCCAUUUUCCCAAUUGAAUGCUUCUUCUUCUUUCACAGAUUCAACAAACAAGGAUGGCUGAUUAAUUUUAGCCUCAACAGGUCAGCAGCUGGGGUGUCAAUUAUGCUUCAGGUGGAGGUGGGUCGAAUAAACUUGGAUGCACAGAUAGAUAACUUUGCUAAUACCAGGCAAGACAUUGUCUCCAGGAUUGGCCUUCCUGCAGCUCUGAAGCUAUUCAGCAGGGCUCUCUUCUCUGUAACAAUGGGCUCCAACGAUUUCAUCAACAACUACUUGGCGCCGGUUAUCUCAAUUCCUGAGCAGAAGUUGAUAUCUCCAGAAGUGUUUGUGGCCAUUUUGAUUUCAAGAUACAGGCUGCAACUUACAAGGCUGUACAAUUUGGGUGCGAGGAAAAUUAUUGUGACAAAUGUAGGACCUAUUGGGUGCAUACCUUUCGAGAGGGAAACAACUCUAGCUGCAGGAGAUUUCUGCGUUGAAAAACCGAAUCAGUUAGCACGAUUGUUCAACAUCCAAUUGAAGAGCCUGGUGAAGGAGCUUAGCACCAAUCUUGAGGGGUCCAAAUUUGUUUAUGCAGAUGUUUAUCGUAUCGUAGAUGACAUUAUCCAGAACCACAUAUCAUAUGGUUUUGAAUAUGCAAAUUCUGCAUGCUGCUAUGUUGCUGGGCGGUUUGGGGGUCUGAUUCCAUGCGGUCCUCCAUCCAUAGUUUGUAGGGACAGAUCCAAGUAUAUAUUCUGGGACCCCUACCAUCCAUCCGAUGCUGCUAAUGUGAUCAUAGCAAGGCGUCUCUUGUAUGGUGACACUAAUGAUAUUUCACCAAUGAAUGUUGUGCAACUUUAUCAAUCUUAA